CCUCAGGGGAACAGGUGUAGUGCGAGAAAGUUGAAACUGUAACAAGCAGAGUGGAGUGGUGCAGAGCGGAGUGGUGUGGUGUGGAGCGUAGCGGUGCAGUCCAUGAGUCACCUGCUUCGUAAGAUGCAGGAGUGCGGCAGGAACUACUGCAGUUUGAUGGCAGCAGAACCAAUGACCACAGACCAGCCAACAGGAGUGGGCUUGGAGCCCCAGGGUCCGCGGCACAUCUGCCGCGCGGACGAUGGAGAUGCGGACUCACUUUCCUCCCUCUCGGACCACCUGACGGUCUGGGUCGACGGCGAGGAGCACUGGAUAUCCGGCGUGGACGAGAAUACCACCUGCGCAGAUCUUGUUUGGGCUCUGCUCAACUACCAGAAUAAUCCGCAGAGCCUGAGGAACCCGACAUGGAACCAGGAGUACGCCAUUGUGCAGAAACUGCACCACUACGAAGAGUACCUGGACGGGGGUGCCCGACUCGCCGAUGUUAUCUCGAAGCAGCACGCUCCACUAGCCGACAAAUGCCAGCUUCAGCUACGCCAUCUGGGACCUGCUUCGACGGGCAAGCACCCUGCGACCACCGACAAGGACAGUGGAAUGGGCAGUCCAGUGGAGAGCUCGCGCAGCAUUCGCUUCCGGCGCAGGGGAAGGCACAAGACGCUUCCGCCGGCCAGAGUUAGCCAGCUUUUGGAAGGGGAGCAGUGGGGGGAGUUUGGGAUGAGGGACCACCCAAAGCAACCAAAGAGGAGCCGGAAACUACAAGUGCGGAACGGCCCACUGGCGCCGAACGAGACUCUGCUGACGACAAUAUUGGCUCAGGACGAGACUAUCCUCCAGCAGAUGUCCAUGUUGCACGAAAAGGAUCGACAGAUUCGGAAAAUCGAAGAGGAGAAGCAUCUAGUGCGGGAAAGAGAGAUGGGCAAAAACUACCUCCUGGAAACAUACCUGAGGGACUUGGAAGAUCCGGAGGAAAACGGCCCCCAAGUACAAGAUCUCGAAGAGGGCGUGAUGAGAUUACAUCAAGAUCGUAACCAUGAAAUAGCUGAAGAAUCCGCCUGUAAGGACGACGGUUCUGUAACGGACGAAAUGCGCCUAUUCUGGCUCGAGAAGAUCCACGCAGUAAACAAGCAGCUGCAGCGAGAAGAAGAGCGGCUCCUGAGCCUGCACGCCAAAGUCCGGAGGCACCACGUGAAGCGGGCGUACCAAUCGAAGAGCGAGGUCCUCCAGCACAUCGAUAGACUCGACUCGGAGCUGGCGGCGCAGGUGGCGGAUAUCCUUCAGGUGGAGCGGAAGCUCUUUACGGCCAACGAGCAGCUGAAGGCCAAGCUGGGCGUCCUCGAGUGUUUAGGCCGCGAAUUCGAAACAACGGUGGCCCGCAACGACCAAGAGCCGUCGCCCGUCACAGCCUCUGAAGAGAGGUCGACCAAGUCGAUUGAACCUCGCUCGCAGCACAAAGAAACCAAAAACGAUCUCCGUGUCUCAGCCGUGGGGCAGCCAGUAUUAGAAGACCACCUUCUCAUCCCCAGCCACAUCCAAUGUCUGACCCAGUCUGAGUUGACGGACAAGAACCUGAAGGACCGCCAUGUGCCCGAUAAGGGCUUGUCCAAGCAACUGUUCAUGGAGGAGCCUUCUACCUCAACCAACAGGCCGAACAGGCCCGAAAAGUGUUGCGCUCCAGCUCUUUACUCCGCCGGAUCGGACAUACAACACCUGGGCACCCUCGUCUAGAGAUCCUCCUAGAAUAUCGUUUCACAGAUUUACAGUUUUUGUACCAAAUUAUCACCUAACCAAAUACAGAUUUGAUUCAUUGUUUAUGUUA